GACGACGUGACAUGUUGACAGUUUGAGUUUGACUAGAAAAAUGUAGUCCUAGCCAUGGCGUGGACAAGAAAGAACUUAGCGCACAGUCUUCUUGAUACUAGCAGACUACUACAACUUACAAGUCGGUUGGAGCUGUUUAGUUUCUCGCCUGCUAUCCGGACGAGAAGUUGGUACUCAUAGCGUUGUUACGCUACCAGCCGGGUGACGCUAUGGAGAGACGCAUUAUGGGCGAUAGCCAUAGCAAGGAAAGACCGUGACCGCCACGACGCCUGUUGAGCAAGAUGCCGAGGCGAGUCAAUCCCCGUCGGCGUGCCAGGGCAGCUGGUGGUGAUGGUGGUGGUCAUGGAGCGGGCAAUGAAUACCGCUGUCUAUCUAUAAUGGCAUCAGUUAGCAUCUUCCUGCUUUUCAUAGGAAGCGGUGCUAUCGGUGUCGGAGUCUAUGAAGGACACUCCCAAACCAUUGCUGCUGGAGGUUUAAUCCUUGGUUUGGGAGUUCUAUUAUUGGUUACAGGUUGUAUCUGGGCACUCGUUGCAAAGCAGCGUGUUGAUGUUGAGGCUAGCGCUGGCAGUGGCGGGCCCACUCCUGCUGAUGGGCAGACGUCCAAUAGACACGCAGGUCAAGGGAGUUCCGGUCCGGAAGCGUUCGCACAGCCGCGUGAUCCCGGAUUCACGGAAGCCGCUCCACCCAUGUAUCCAUCACCUCCGGCAGCUGGAGCUGCACCUGUGCCAUUCCAGUCAGCUCCAGUUCGGCCUGUUGAUCAACGGCUGUUUUCCACGAGCGUUGCCCCAGCCACCGCAGCUCCAACGUAUCCACCUGCAGUGGAGAUUCCACUGCGUAGGAUGGCAAGUGUAGAGCCGUACCAAGGGCCAGGAGCAGUUAUAGAUGAUAGUUUCGAUAAGUCCGGCCUACCCAGUUACGAUGACGUCAUGGCCCAGUUACGAUGACAUCAUGGCCCAGUUACGAUGAUGUCAUGACCCAGUUACGAUGAUGUCAUGAUCCAGUUACGAUGAUGUCAUGACCCAGUUAUGAUGAUGUCAUGACCCAACUGAGACGAUCUCAUGUGGGUAAGCUCUCACUGAGCUCCGUCGCCGUGGAUCUACAAUACUGGCCAAAGAAAUCCAAUCUCACAAUUAAAAUAGCGCCGGGCGCUAUGCAGCCCUAGCACUACACAUUCUGAUCUGUGCAAUCAAACAUGGCGCUACUUUAUUCAUGAGGUUGGGUUUCUCUGGCCAGCACUGUAUUUUCAAAGCAAUUCCCCUGCUCGGCCUCCUGCAGUUUCCGAAUGACAAUAUCUAGUUCAUUCUAUUCUAUUUUUUAUGCCAAUGAAUGUUCCAGCAUAUGUAGGCGCCACCGAGUAGUGCUAUCCAUGGAUCAGAAUCUCCAAAUCUUAUUCGAUAAAAAUAUAUAUUAUGCCAGUUUUUUACAGUGCUGGGGUAUCGGGCCCGGUGCGCCAGGUGCGGCCAACGAAGCACCAUUAGUUUCGUCUUGAGAAUUUUGAAGCAAUGCAAAUUGAUAUGGACUAUUUGGGCCCGAAUUUCUACUUUUUUUCACAGGGGAAGUGGCGUUACUUCUUCAUAGCUGCACCAAAGUUGAAGACCUUCCGACACCCCCUGUACUCUGCCGUUGCUGGUGAAUGUAUUCAUGUUAUUGUUGUUUUUUAAAUACAAGUGUAUCGAUGUACACGUGGACAUAUUCUUCUAGACUUGACGGCAUUAAUUUCGCUCUUAAACUUGAAAUUGGGAACUUAUAAAUUGUUGCACAUUCAA